UAUAAAUAACCAAAAAUAUGUAGUCCUUUCUAAACUAGUAUGAGCCUUAAACGCAAGUUCAGUUCUCCUUUUGAGGACGACAAUCAGCAAGAGAAUAAUCGGGAUGCUAAAGCCCUAAGAAUCAAGCAUCCUCUUGUAUUAAAAGACCUUUCCUCACCAAGAGCCAGUGAAAGUCGGCUUUUGGUUGAGUCCGCGUCCACAAAUCGCAGAAAUACUCCAUCCAGGUUUGAUUCUUCAUGGCAAACACUCAAUAAGUCGGAAAUAAGCAGAAGCCAACCGGAUUCUUCGGGAAACACGAGUUUCUUGACAUGUUCACAGCUCCUGAACACUAGUUGGCCAAGCACGAAGCGACAAGCCAAAGCCUUGUCCCUUGUAGUUCAAAAAUCCCCAAGGACUGCUCCACUGGACCAUAGUAAGGAACCCAGAGCAAACCAUUUCUUUCAAACAUCUUGGAAUAUGUUAGUAAGCCAAACCCUGCUGAACGAUUCUAACUGCACAGAUUUGUCCGAGAAUAGCUGCAUUGAAUCCUCUCAAGUUACACAACUUGUGCCGGAUCAAUGUUCCAAGCAGUACCUGCCAACCAGACAGAAAAAGCAUAAACUUAAUCCAAAUCGUCGCUUUGUAAAAGGAGGCUAUGUCGACGAUUUCCGGCGUUUCCUGAAGAAUAUGGACAUGGAUAAGCGACAUAUGAGUAAGAGCACAGUCACCUACACAGUUAAAGUCUUGGGUAUUUUUAAGGAAUUUGGUGUUUCAAUGGCUCUAGUAUCACCUGAAACGGGAAGAAAUUUUAAUAUUCUUUUUGAAAAGGACCAGUCCGAAUUGCUCAAAGUUGGUUCUCGGGUAAAAUUUUUUUUGGAUCCAAACAAAAAGCCUUUCCAGCUAAAAAACAAAGAACUGGUGUAUUGUCGUCCGACCAAUAUAAUUGUUUUAUAGUGAUACCCACUUGCCUAAAACACAAAAUAC